CGAGCAACUCUUGUCUCCCCAGCUGACUCGGGUGCUGGCACCUUGGCCGUGUUUAUGGCCAGCAGCGGAACCGCAGAGGUCGCAAAUCGGAACAGCGCAGCCACACCGCCCAACACCCUGAACCUCCGCUCCUCCCACAAUGAACUGUUGAACGCCGAAAUCAAGCACUCGGAAACCAAGAACAGCACCCCUCCCAAAUGCAGGAAGAAAUAUGCACUGACUAACAUCCAGGCGGCCAUGGGCCUCUCGGACCCAGCCGCCCAGCCCCUGCUGGGAAAUGGCUCUGCCAACAUGAAGCUGGUGAAGAACGGGGAGAACCAGCUCCGCAAGGCUGCCGCAGGGCAGCAGGACCCCAACAAGAACAUCAGCCCCACGGCCAGCAUCAACAUAACUUCUGAGAAGUUAGAGGGCAAAGAGGCCCCCCCGCAGGAGUCCUCGGCCUGCGAGAUUUUACCCGCCCAGCCCAGGAGAACUAAGAGCUUCCUAAAUUACUAUGCAGACCUGGAAACCUCGGCCCGAGAGCUAGAGCAGAACUUGGGCAACUGCCCCGGGGCUGGGGAAGAGAAGUCCCCGGCGGGCCAGGGCCAGGCCUCCACCAUCGCCGGGAAUGGCGAGUUGCUGCUGCAGAAACCAAGCAAGCGCCAGACCAGCCCUGAAGAUGGCCAGGUAGCCACCGUGUCCUCCAGCCCAGAGACCAAGAAGGAUCACCCUAAAACGGGAGCCAAAACCGACUGCGCGCUCCACCGGAUCCAGAACCUGGCGCCGAGCGACGAGGAGUCGAGCUGGACCACCUUGUCGCAGGACAGCGCCUCCCCCAGCUCCCCGGAUGAAACAGAUAUAUGGAGUGACCACUCGUUUCAGACCGACCCGGAUUUACCGCCCGGCUGGAAGAGAAUCAAUGACAUCGCUGGGACCUACUACUGGCACAUCCCCACAGGAACCACGCAGUGGGAGCGGCCUGUCUCCGUGCCGGCCGACCUUCAGGGCUCACGCAAAGGCUCUCUUAGUUCUGUAACGCCAUCUCCCACCCCAGAGAACGAGAAACAGCCAUGGAGUGAUUUUGCUGUUCUGAAUGGGGGAAAGAUUAAUAGUGACAUUUGGAAGGAUUUGCACGCGGCCACCGUUCACCCAGACCCCAGCUUAAAAGAGUUUGAAGGAGCGACGCUACGCUAUGCAUCUUUGAAACUCAGAAACGCCCCUCAUUCUGAUGACGAUGAUUCCUGUAGUAUCAACAGUGACCCAGAAGCCAAGUGUUUCGCUGUGCGCUCGCUGGGGUGGGUGGAGAUGGCAGAGGAGGACCUCGCGCCCGGGAAGAGCAGCGUUGCCGUCAACAACUGCAUCAGACAGCUCUCCUACUGCAAAAACGACAUCCGCGACACGGUCGGCAUCUGGGGCGAGGGGAAGGACAUGUACCUGAUCCUGGAGAACGACACGCUCAGCCUCGUGGACCCCAUGGACCGCACGGUGCUGCACUCCCAGCCCAUCGUGAGCAUCCGCGUGUGGGGCGUGGGCCGCGACAAUGGCCGGUGAGUCCCUGGGCCGCGGCCGGCGGCCGCUCAUAGCUUAACUCCUCAGUGUGCUGUCCCGGCACCUCCCCGGGCACGGCACCGGACGGAGCCUCGCGGGGACAAGCGGAAAGCAUCGCCUGGCUUGUCUCUCUGCCUUGCCAGCCCUCCCAGCCGCUGCACUUCCGGCUCCUCCACCCCACCCGCACCCUGCUCUCCUACGUCUUUCUCCCCUGCCCGCCCUCAUUCGGCCAAGCCGCUAACCGUCCCACAAGUCCAGACUUCUUAUUUUCUCUUCUCGCAGCCUUCUAACAAAUUCCUUUCCAUGGCAUUCGGUGGAGUCUC